AUGAAAACUACAAGAAUCAUGAUCUACUCAAUUCACUUCAUAACUCUUCUACUGAUUCUUUCAUUAAUAUUCACUAAUCAAUUGAUGACGAAUGUUGAAGAAGAUAAACCAAAGCAGGAAUUCAUUAUAAAUAUAUUAUCAGUUAUCUUCAACUCGAUCUUGAUAUCAUCUGCUUUUCUAUACAUCCCCAUCUACAUUAGCAUUUUUUGCCUCCGUCAUUUAGCAUCUGUUGAAAAACACAAACCACAAAAUUAUAUUUUAUAUCAUACGCUCCUUGCAUUUCUACUAAAAACUGUACAGCUAUUCGUCAUAGUAUAUGGUAUUAUGGUAUAUGGUUUCUUUAUAGUUUUUGCUAUAAUACCGGUUUCGAUGAAAGCGUAUGAUCGGUUGACAGUUUUCAGAUAA